UUUUUAUUUACCUUUGUUCAACAUAAAAUGUCAACGUCAGUCACUGGAGAGCAAUUCAUUCGAACGUUGAGACAUUAUUUGGAAGCAAAUGAGCAUAGAUUAUUAUCAUCUCAGCCUAAUUUUACUUCUAUUACCGAUGCAGGACACACCGUAGCUGAACCAGAAUCGAUAAAAGAAGAAAACGGUCUUUUGAAGGCAGUAUCUUCCUUAUGGACACAACAACAACAACAACACACAACAGAGAAAAGGCGUAGUAGCACUCAAAGCAGUACAGGCUCACGACCGACUUCACACGCAUUUCCUUACAUGUCCCUACUUGCUGCUGCCUCACCGAAUGCGACCAGUCUGUCAAACACACCUUACAUGCCACUGCGCUCAAGUCUGACACUAGACAUCCACUAUUUAUAUUUUCUUCUCGUCCAGUUUGAAUAUCUUGGCCUCGAAGACACCCAGUUACCAGUUCCAGAAGAGCACGGGUUAGUCGAAACCGAAACGACCCAGUCGGCGGGUAAGGCACCCUCGAUAGCUUCGUCCAUAAGCUCUGUGAUGUCUACAUUAUCCCUUUCGACCGGCUGGCAGCUAUGGUCGAAACAAGCCAAACAAGAGAGACCACUACACGAAGACAUUGUGUUUAUUCAUCGAUACUUUUCUCGAGUGACCGCGCUGAAGCUCCAUAUGAGCCUAGAUACCCAAAACGGCGUGACACGAAGCGGUCAGCGCGUCAUUCGAGGAUAUGAGAAACCUAUACCAUUGGAUGGCUCACUGGCGCUGCCCCUCCAUUCCUUUAAAAAUCUGUCCUAUCUGGAACUAAACCAUAUUCAUCCAAGCAUCAUCGAGCCAUGGCCUACCCUAAGUCAGCAGUUGAUCAGCCUCGUCCUGAAGAAUGGACAUGUGGAUGAUGCUGCCGAUGUGAUCGGUGACAGAGAGUGGCCACAACUCAAGAUGCUGUCAUUAGCAGAUAACAGCAUCACCACAUUGGAAGCAGAGCCUGUACAGCAUAUUCGAUCGGUGACCCAUUUGAAUUUAUCAAGUAAUCUUCUGAUUGACGUCCCAGCUGCAUUAUCGGCCUUGUACAAUUUAUGCAGCCUAAACUUGUCUUAUAACAUGAUCUCUUUCACCACGGGCAUCAAUACCGUAUUGGGAAAUAUACAAGAACUCGACUUGAGAGGAAAUCGCCUGACCUUGCUUGCUGGCUUGGAUCGACUGUGGGCACUGGAGAGACUGGAUGUGAGAGAUAAUCGAAUUGAUGAUGCUGCUGAAAUUGGUCGAUUGACUUCAUUGCCUAAUAUUUACGAUAUUUGGGUAGAAGGCAACCCGUUUACAAAAGUUCAACCUGAUUACAGAGUGAAUAUAUUCUCUAUGUUCAAAAAGUGUGAUUUAGAUAUCGAGUUAGAUGGCAGCAAACCAACAUUUGUCGAAAAGAGACGUAUCACGAGUGAACCCAUGAUUCAUAAUAGCACGCCACCGGCUGCUGUCCAGAGCUGUCCUGAUCAUAGUAAAGAAAAUAAUGAUCAUAAUACUAAGUUGGCGAGAGCAAAGAGCAAAGGCAAUAAACGAAUGAUUCGACUGGGACAAAAUGCAAUUGAUCCACCCACAUUUGCUUCCAACGUUGAACCAAGUAAACAUGUGCAUCGAUUAGCAGAAUUGGAAGAUUCUGUGCAACAGGAAGUAGCAUCUACAGCGACAAAGGCGCGCAGAGCAGCCUCGGUUAAAUCGAAGCGUAGUAAAGCACCUGUAGAAGACGGAUCAAAACCAAAAACUGACGCCUUUAGGAAAAAGAUUGAAGCGAUGAGAAAAGAAGCAGGUACAGAAUGGCUGCGGGUGUUGCAGGAAAUGGAUAUUGUGAAGGAAGACAAUAAAUCUCAAUAAAAGAGGAAAUUGAUUCUCGAGUCGCUAAAGACCAAGAUUCAUGAUCAUGCUUUCUGUAAACAUUUUGUGACAUGUCCCAUAUUACUCCCGCUUUUUUAUAAAUCAAGCCUUUGAGUCAAGAU